AUGAGUUCUCGUGCUAGGAAAAUAGUUGAUUUAGCACUAAAAAAGCUGAAGGAUGAAACAUCAGAGGAUGAAAAUAGUGCUGAUGAUUUCAGUUCCUUCGAUUCGGAUUUGGAUCCGAUGUUUUUGCCAUCUAGUGAGGAAGAUUUUAGUAUGAGUUCUGAUGCAUCGAUUGAAGAGAAUAAAAUUGAUUUUGCCAAGAAGAAGGUAUUCAAGAAAAAAAAAUCAGAAGUAAGAAAAGAGCCUUCUGAAUUCCAGCCGUGUUGUUCAAAAUCACUUCAAGCUGUUGAUUUUGAAGAAAAUGCAGAACUUCUCGAAGAGAGGACUCAAGAACCCGAAAACUUUGUGCCUGGAGAAGAUUCCACGAACAGAUUAGAAGAUAUGCAAUCGGAAAACGAAGCAGAAAUUGUUCACCCAAUUGAACAUUUAUGGAAGGCGCCAGUAGGAGCACACAAAAUUUUUGAAUAUUGUUCUGAAAGUGGUUUGAAUGCUGGUUAUGCUGCAGUUCUCAUCAACGAAUUAUCUCCAUAUAAAUGUUUUCGUUGUUUCGUUGAUGAAGAAAUCGUCAAUGAAAUGGUUCAUCAGACUAAUUUAUACGCGACUCAAGUAUUAUGUGAUAAAGAAAACGUUAGCAACUAUUCUAGGCUGCACAAAUGGUUUCCAACUGAUCAAAAUGAAAUGCUAAAAUUUAUUGGAAUUGUAGCAUAUAUGGGUAUGGUUCGGAUGCCAUCUUUGGAGAAAUAUUGGAGCACAGAUUGUCUCUACAAAAUGGCCUGUAUUUCGAAGAUAAUGUCGAGAAAGAGAUUCCAAUUACUUCUCAGGAUGUGGCAUUUCUCUGAUAAUGAAACUUGUACAGUGGGGGAUAGAUUACAUAAAAUAAAACCUCUACUAGACAGAUUGGUGAAAAAUUUUCAAAGUGUGUACACUCCUGGUAGAAUAUUCUGUAUCGAUGAAUCAGUUGUUCCCUUCCAAGGUCGUCUCCUAAUGAAGCAGUAUAUACCAAAUAAAACGCAUAAAUAUGGCGUAAAAUUAUUCAAACUAUGCUGUGAGAAUGGAUACACAUGGAAUAUUCGAAUUUAUGCUGGCAAGGAAAAAGAAGGUAAUGCAUCUGUACCAACCAAUGUCGUGCUGAAUUUGUCCGAAAAUCUACUCGACACAGGCAGAACUAUAGUGGCUGAUAACUACUAUACUAGCCUUGAGCUGGCUAAUGUACUGCUAGACCGCAAAACUCACUAUAUUGGUACAUUGAGGGCUAAUCGUCGCGGCAACCCGAAAGAAUGGAAAGAUAAAAGAGACGUUCUUGUCCUAUCCACAAAACAUACAACCGAAACCGUCGAUAUUCAGGGUCGUAAUGGUACAAGGACAAAACCACGAGCCAUUGUGGAAUACAAUGAAGCAAAAUCUUCAAUUGACCAAUCUGAUCAAAUGGCAAGUUAUCACUCACCACUGAGAAAAUCUCUGAAGUGGUACAGAAAACUUGGGAUUGAGUUCCUUCUGGGAACAGCUCUUGUGAAUUCUCAUAUAGUAUUCAACCAAUUGUCUGACAAAAAAAUGAAAAUUACAGAGUUCAGGGAGAACCUCAUAAGGUCUCUAUUAUUUCCAGAGGAGGGAGACAAACCUGACAAACCUGCCAAAGAUCUACAGAAAAUACAUACCUUACUGAAAAAGCAAGGUCCAUAUGAUAAAAUGAGGAAAUAUUGUAAAGGCUGUUACUCUAAAAAACUGCGAGGUGAAAUCACAAAAAAUCGAGUAAAAAAAGUAAUCACCUACUGUGAAUCCUGUGAAAAUCAACCACAUUACUGUAUCGAGUGUUUCCAUGAUGUUCACACGAAAUAA